AUGUCCUAUCUCAUCACAUCGACGCUCAUCCAGAGCCUUACUUCGACCAGAGUUAAAGUGCGAUCCGAUGCCCUCAAUACGCUUGCCCAGUUGGUGAACGCGGAAACAGCGCACUCGCUCUCCACAAAGGCUCUCAGCCAGCUUGUGGACGCCCUUUUUACGAAUAUUUCCACCGAAAAGCCACUCUGGCUCAAAGCCCAGACGCUGGCGGCGAGUGCCAAUACGCUAGAGGAGCGCAUCGCGCGCGCGGCUCAGAUCCUCCGCACCUUACUCGAGAGGCACGCGCGAGCGGUGCUGUUCAAGCUGAAACAGAUCCUCCAGAUUCUCGACCGCACAAUGGAGCUCUUCUUUUUUGCAGACGAUGCGAAUCUCGAUUCCCUUGAGUUGAACUUCUCACGCAUUCUCCUCGUCAUCUUAGGCCAACAGUUUGUCAAAGACCGCUUAACCCCACAACACUGGGGCACGGUGUUUACGUUCCUCACGCGUGCAAUCCUCCGUAGUUUGUCCGACGGGGGAUUCAAUGCCAGCGAUCGUGUUGUCAACAACUUAUUCGAAUGCCUUUCCUUGCUUAUCAACGCGGACGAUGCGAUUUCAACAUCCUACGUUGCUUUAACCGUUUCGCCAAACUACGAACAACUCAUCGAGACUACCAGACGGUUUUAUGAACUCCGACUUUCCCGGAAACCUGAGCCAUUGGUCGCCAUUACCACUUUCAAAAUCAUUAACAAAUUAAUGCUUGUGUUGCAGACGGAAAAGGUCGUUACCGGUCCGUAUUUCCGAUCGCUAGUCGUCCUAGGAAUCAAUCUCGUAAAUUUAAUGGUCGAACACAACAACUUCCACAGUUUUGAAAACUUACGCGCACAGAUUAUUGUCUUUCUCAACAUGAAUCCGCUCCAGUUCGUCACUGGCACCGCGCCGCGGCUUCUCGCGCGCGCGCCCUCCAGCAUCUACAGUGACGGAGAUACAGACGACGAUGAGGAAGAAGAUACAGACCAGCUCGUAUACAGUUGCGGAGCGUUGAUCAGUCGAUUGAUAGAGGCGGAAACUGGCAGCACGUUAAAGGUGGAGGUGUCUCUAGCUCGCAAGGCUGCCCCACACUGGUUUAGCUCAGCCACGAUGUAUCUUCCCGCGGGAGCGCCAACGGAUAUGACCCAUUCGUGGAUGUUGUACCGCGGGACCGUCCACUUGGUAGUAUCGUAUUUUCGUCUCCGGAAUUGUACUGCGUUUUCGCUCGCACGCAGUCAAAGCCCCAAACGGCGCAGGGUUGCGGAUGAGGUUCUGGGAACCUUGGCCCUGGCUGCCAGCCCCUUGGAGUUCUUCAAAAACAAUUUGCUCAGCUGCAACAAUGCGUAUCUCCAUGAUAGGAGCUGUCUGCAACGCACAGCAUUGCUUUUGUUGGCCUUCUUCCUCGAUGCCCAUCACGCACCGUUUGACGCUGAAACAGAGACGGAAAAUGACAGUAACGUCUUUGCUACCCUACCGUUGUUGGCCCUCCCCAAUAACCUCUUAACGGCCCCUAGGCUCGACGGAGAUACAAGCGUACACUCCAUUGACUAUACCCUAACUCAACGUAUCUCGCCUACGGACCUUGCGGAGAUUCUCUUGGCGACGUUUGAGAGCAGUGGCCUUGCGUACUUCUCUCUCCUCACGUCGAACGUACUCCUCGCCCACACCAUCUCGAACAAGUGUUUGAACCAAUUGAUGAAGGCAGCAAUUCAGCUCAUCAAGCAUCCAGAUACCUGUGUCUUGGCGUGUCUCUGCUUCUGUAACGUGCUCGCACAACCGCACUUCAGCCCCGAUAAGUCAAUUGUGACGCAGUUGGAGAAUGUGGUCGAGCUUGCGGAUGUCAACGGCCCGUACUGCGUCGGCAACGAGGCGUUCCACUUCUGGUACCAUGUCUAUGCUGUGAGCAAGAACCGCAAGUUCCACAGAAUUGUACAUGCACACAUUGCUAACUGGUUGAAGCGCAAGUGGACCCAGAUUAUUGCGAUCCAUGGGACCUCUGUGUCAUCCCUGGCCGAGCUCAGUGCGCUUGUAGGGCCACACUUUGCGUUGCCCGAGUUUAUCGCGUGGUUGUGUGGCGGCGUUACUCCUUCGAUAAUUGAAACGCGCGAGUUAUAUGCUGGUGACCUCAACGAGGUCUUUCUUGCGUUUGAAGCGAGAGCUGAGGUAAGAGACUUCAUUUUGCAGAAAGAUCUGAGUGUGCCAGUGUCUGCCCUGCCGUUCUGCCCUGAACCCAUGGCGCACACCUCAUCUGAUGUGGUGGAAGACUUAAUGAUGGUGGUUAUCGGUACUGGCAAUGAUUACGCGAACCUUUUUGUGCGGACCGACCAUAGCCUGGCGGUCAAGGCUGUGGAAUGGUGUAUGUUGAUUCUCAGGCUCUGCGAGCUUGUAGAGGGGCAGCAGGGGUAUGAGCACUACGUCUCCUCUAUCCAGUAUCAGGUCACCAUGUUGCUUGAGCCGUUUAACCGCUUUACUGAUGCCACCAUUUCGGUAGCUUUGAUUGAUAUCUUGAGAAAUCCACGCAUCGGAAAUGCCAUACUGCAAACUCUUUUCAAUAACCUCUCAUUUCAAAAGAUCUACGAAGAUGCAAGUACUCUUCAGCUCGCUGUUUCCAGAACCCGAAAAAACACCAUUCGCGCCCCAAAUUCAGAAAACGAGUGUCUGGGCGAAGAGGGCAGCUUUAAUCCCACCGAACCCCCCAAGGUUGAAGACUUCAGCGCCACCACGUUCACAGCCUUACAGUACCGCGAGCCAUUAUCUGUCAGGAUCUUUCAGUUUAUGGUGAGGCACCAGACGUUGCAAAAAGGUGAUUACCACACGCGGUUUGAGCACUUGCUUGGCCACAUGAAGCAGCUCAGUACUUUUGACGCGAUCCUCUGCCUUGACGCUUUGGCCGACUACAUAACUGAGGUGGGGGUUAAGAACUUGCCCCUUGUGGCCCUUGACCAAUUAAUCGAGAUGAUUGGCCUUCGCUUCUUAAACGACAAAAUAUACGGAUUGAGUGAAAUCGGGUUGGUAAUCCAGUUGAAGUUCAUGGCCAUUGUAACGCCCGCAGCUCUUUCCGGUAACAGUGUGGAUGUGAAGAAUGCGUUCACAGAAGUAGGAAAGUGGUGGAUCAAUAAUAAACGACAAUUCAUUACCGAGGCCUCCUGUCACUACUUUGCAAAGUUGUUAGCAGCCAUGAUCUGCGAGACAAAAGAGUCAUCCCAUUCCGUCGGGGAGUAUUUUGACGUCUUGUUCCCGCUUUUUGCCUCCUCGUCGAACCAGGUGAAGGUAGCAUUAAUCGCUGAUAUCAAGGGUUUUUUGCCACUCUACUCCUACCGCCAGCAACACUACGUUUACACCUCGUUAUACCAAGCAUUUGACUCCCCCCAGAAAAGUCGGGAAGCAGCGGCCACGUUCUGCAUGGUCAUGUCGAGAUUGUCCACCACGUCUGACCUCAUCCUCGUACACUGCAUAUACAACAUUUUGGAAUACUCUAGCUUUGAGUACUUCAAGCCAUACCUCCCGCCGUGUAUCCGAGGGAUCUGUCUAUUACAAAACAUGAACUCACCAAAGACCUUGUUCAAAACGUACCGGUUCGACAUUUUGAAGGUAUGGUGGAGCUAUGGGUUACCUUUCAAACAAUUUCCUGCUACCCUUCUUGGCUAUGAAGAUUUGAACGACUUUGUCAUUGAAAACUAUAAAGAAUUGGUUUCGGUAAUGAUUGCACACCAGUAUCCCGGUUCCAAUACCGUUUUAAGCGAAAUGUCGACUAUCUGCAACUUUCCCGUUGGGGAUAUGGUAUUUGACAGUUUGCCGUACACCGUGGCGUUGGCGUACACCACGGAAGGCCUGCGCGGGGGAGUUUUCGAGACACUAGAUAGGUUGGGUCUGAAAAAAAGCUAUUUAAAAGAUUUACUUAUCUUUAUUGUCCUUGAAAUCAUCUGCAUGGUGGAUUUAUCCGACGAGAAAAAGUUGGUACCGGUGAUGGACAAGUAUCGCGUGUCCGGCCUAUUGUCAUCCCUUGUGCGAAAGGGCUCUCCUCAGCUCUACAGCUCGGCCCAGGUUUCCAUCUCUGUAUCCACCACAGUUAACUUGUUGAAUGAGAUCAUCGUGAAGUCUUGCGACUCGAAUGACGACUUUUGGACCGUCCCGGUUGCGUUUUUCUUGGUCCGUCGCAUUCUUGGCUUGUUGGAGACCUCCAAGAAGAAGAACUCGCAGCUUCUCCAGAUUCGGAGACUCAAAUUCGUGAUGAUCUUGGGGGGUAUCAAAUUCUCCGAUCUGAACUUGGUGAAUUUGAUCAUCACCAACUUGUCCCAGUAUCUUAUGCGGGAAAGCUUGGCGGAGGAAAUUACGGAUAUUUUCAUGACCCUCUUCCUGAUGAACAACAACACGUCAAUCUCCUCCCAGAUCUUGCUCACGGUAGCGUCUCAGUUGGUUGAGUGUAAGUUCCAAGAAUUAAAAAUAGCGCCUAGGUUGAAGGAUGUUGUCGAAGGAGCCGUUAUGGCGCUCGAUAAGGCAGAUAUAAUGACCCCUCUCUUGGCUGCCUGUGUGGAUGUCUUGAAUGGCUACCGUUUACGGAUUGAGAUUUCCCAUAUAGAGGCCUGCUUAUGUCUAGAUAGGUCUGCAGUGGACUUCACCAACGGAAGGACAUUGAUACGGGCGAUUUCCUCUGUGUUUGGUUACGCCUCGGAUUUGGCCUCAAGCAGUCACAUUCACCGUGCGCUUCCCCAGGUGGCAAAGGUUCUCUUCGAUUUAGACGACACUGUGGAUCUCCUUCGUUAUUCUGAGCCAUUUUUAGUCUGGCGGAUCCGGUAUAUCGGAAAGUUUUACGGUUCCAGCGGCGAGCUAAUCCAGAGUCAGAAGAUGGAAUACAGCCCCCUGUUUGACUUGGAGAAUUCUGUUACCAAUUCUUUAUCGCUCGCCAUCAUCUUCGAGAAAAUGAUCUCGGUAGCCCGUGGGGGAGAUCUCGAGCUCUUGUCUUGUAUCGAAACGGUUGUAGGUGUCGUUCUCUGGAAGCACCACAAGAACAAAAAAGAAAUCGAUGAGUUGGUUAACUAUUCCAAAGUCUUCCAAGCCUUUGAGGCGUACAUCUUACCAUUGGAUUUCCAUUUGUGCGUGGUCUUGAACUCUGAUCGCGCAAAUAAUAAGCUCAUCUUCCACAACGAAACACUUGCGACAUACACCACGAUGAUUGAGUUCAAGUUCUCUACGUUGCCCUUCGAUAUCUGGACAAGCAAGCUCUUCUUAGCAUUGAUCAACGAGCUCUCCAGGUUUACCAGCUUGGCCCCGUUGAUUUCCGUGUUUGUAGUAAAGGUUCCGUCAUUUUCCAAGUCUGCCUUGGGCUACCUUGUUGCCUUCUACAUCCAGUGCACGGGUAUCAGUGGCUCCCGAAUUAUUGCGAGCAUGAUGGGAAAGUUGCUUGAUGUUGGUACCCAACAGCUUUCGAAGGAGUAUUGUCGGUUGGUGCUCGAUAUUGGUUUGAUUCUCAGGACUGGCCGUAUCAAAGAAAAGUCCUUGGAGCGGUCUAGGAAGCCCUUCACUGCUGCAACCCUUGACAUGAACUAUCCAAAGUUGUACGAUAUGGCUAUGCGGCUCGGUUUGCCCAAGACGGGGUUACUCUUGUUUGAAGACUUUUACCGCGACUUUUCCACUGGAACCUGGGUGGAGAAUGAAAAAAUCUUGGGGAGGAUCUACGACGCGAUUGACGAGAAGGACUUGCGCUACGGGUUACCGAUCCAGCCGACGCUUGAAUACGCCAUCGACACAAUAAACUACGACGAAAACACGUGGAACCAGGUCAUGGUGAACAACAGUAUCUUUGACACCCGCAUUGCGCUUGGAGCCUCGGGUGGUGAUCGCUCUUCCAACGCCAUGAUGCGGUCGAUGCUGUCGGCAGGCUUCAACGGUAUUUCCCGUGUUCUCAGCGAAUACUUCCUCGAUCAGGGUGAGUCUGAAUACGGCGAUGAGGCCUACGGGUGGGCCUGGAAGUUGAACCAGUGGGAUGUGGUGGUACCUCAAAAGGUGGAGACUGAAAACAAAGCGAUCUACAAGACAUUGAAAAUGAUUCACGAUUACCCGUCGAGUGCCUUGGCUGCUUGCAGCAAGACGCUUCUUGACCUCUCCAUCCACCAAUCUCGCUUCUACUCGAUGUCCGAUCCGCGUUCGUGGCUCCGCACGGUCACCAGCGUGGUGGGUAUUGAGAAUUGUCUCGGGUAUACGAGCGCGGUGAUGGAGGAUGCCACCAGGGAUUACUUGGCAGAAUGCACUUGGUACAACUCUGCGCCGAUCGGAGACUACGAAAACGUCAUUCUCUGUCGCCGUGCUGCGUUUGAGCAGAUGGCCGGGUUUGAGAGUCACGGUUUAGGCCGCGAAGAGUGCUGGGUGUCGGUGGUGCACGAGCUCGUGCGGUUCGGAGAGUUCUCUCGGUUGAAUAGGAACCUGCAGAAAGCAAUGAACAGCACGUUGAUGAUUGAAAAGAUCGUCAAGACAAAAUUUGCCACGUCGGGGAACGACACUAGGGAGUUUAUGUCUAAGUUGUCUAUGUACCAAUCGGCCGCGGCUCUCUGGGACCAGAAUAUCACUAACAUCCCGGUGGCUAUGUUACAGCACAUUCGAGAUUCUGGGAAGCCGUUCGCGGCGCUAGACCCUGAACUUCCUCUCAAGGCCGUUUUGGGGUUCUCACCGGCGUAUAUCAAUGCUACACUUGUGGCGUGGACCUCUGAGUCUAAACAGGAAACCCCAGACAGCAUUAUGGAGACUCUAGUGAGGCCCAUCGAGACGAUGACGAUCGCUGACCCCGCGGAGGAAGCGAAGAUAUACCAUAUGUUGGCAAAGUUCUGCCAUGCCCAGUUGCGGGACUCCAACCUUGACAAGCGGAUUUCCGAAAACGAAAAGUUGGUCGCCGCCAGAGACGAGGAGAUUUUGCAGAUCCGAGAGCAGGCCAAGGCAGGGCGGUACAGCGCGGAGGAGAAGAAAAACAUCCAGCGGUACCACAUCAAAAUCUGCAACCAGUUAAAGUCAUACGAGGACACAUUGUCGCAGUUGCGCGUGUCGAAGUCUCUUUUCCUAGACAAGGCGGUGGAGUCAUACUUAAAAGCGCUCGCGAUUGGCGACGACUACAUUGACGAGGAUGUCGAUCGGUUCUGUGCACUCUGGUUGGAAUAUUCAGCGACGGAGGGGCUCAGUGAGCGGAUCUCGGGGUUGAUCUCGAAGGUUCCGACGUACAAGUUCAUCACCUGGGCAACCCAGCUCACAUCGCGCCUCCUCAAAGAUGAGACGGACUUCCAGCUUCUCUUGAAACGGUUGGUAUGCGACUUGGCUCUCAACCACCCGUACCAUGUGCUCUAUCUCUUAAAGUCGCUUCGCUUGCACACCGAGUACAACGAGGAAAAGAAUCCAACGGUGCAGUCCCGGGCAUUGGCCGCGGACCUGCUCUGGAUGCUGUUAGGAGCUGCGAACCCGAAAUUUCAGGCCGCCGUCUUGAACCCUAUUGAUGCCUUCUGUAACAACUGUCUUACCCUUGCUAACCACAAGGCCUCGCGAGCCAAACCCUUGGUUCUAAGCACAAUUACCGCCGGCACCUGGUGGCUUGAGAGUCUUCCUGCGAUUCCGCCUCCGACGAUGCCGUUGGCGGUGUCGAAGGACAAAGAUUACAGCAGGCUCCCUUUCUUAGCGCAGAUAGCACCUAAGGUGACGGUAGCCUCUUCUGGAAUUAGUUUGCCAAAGAUUGCGGUCUUCACGCUCUCGAACGGGGAAGAGCACCGGGUGCUCUUAAAGGGAGGCACAGACGAUUUGCGGCAAGACGCUAUCAUGGAACAGGUAUUCGAGCAGGUAAACAAGCUCUUUACUAAGGACCGGCUCACACGGUCGCGCCAGUUGCAUAUUCGCACGUAUAAAGUGGUUCCGCUUGGGCCAAAGUCGGGGGUAAUUGAGUUUGUAGCCAACUCCAUCGCAUUGAACGACAUUGUGCGACCGUUACACGCGCGCUCGUCUGAUCUAUUGACAUUUGAAAAGGCUCGCGACAUGAUGCGAGUUUGCCAACAGCAAAAACCCCAGGAACGCCUCAAGGUGUACGAGAAGGUGGAGAGCAAGAUCCUGCCUCAGUUACGGCACUUCUUCAACGCCACGUUUCUACUUCCCGAUGACUGGUUCAAGAGUCGUAUUGUAUACACCAAAGGGGUCGCCACCACGUCGAUUCUAGGCCACAUCUUGGGCUUGGGCGACCGCCACAACAACAACAUUUUGCUCGACAAGCACACAGGCGAGCCGAUACACAUCGACUUGGGUGUAGCGUUUGACCAGGGUAAGCUCUUGCCGGUUCCUGAGACCGUGCCAUUCCGCCUAACUCGAGACAUUGUUGACGGGUUUGGCGUCACGGGCACUCAGGGUAUAUUCCGUAAAAACUGUGAAUACGUAAUGUGGGUGUUGCGGCAGGAAGAGGAGCGGAUCUAUGGAAUCCUAGAUGUGUUGCGCUGGGACCCCUUGUACUCGUGGACUAUCUCCCCGUUGCGACAGCAGAAGUUGCAGCAGGAGGAUGAGAAUGACAUGACCCACAGCGAUAUCCUCGCAAUGCCAGAGGAAGAUGGGUCUGUGGCGGGGAGAGCUGUUGCAGGGGUAAAAGAGAAGCUCUACGGUAAUGGCUUAAGCGUGGAAGCUACAGUGCGCGAAUUGAUCCUGGAGGCUGUUGAUCCCAAGAAUCUUGCCUUGAUCUAUUGUGGGUGGUGUCCCUUCUUCUGA